AUGACUCUUCUAUACCCUUCAACACCAUCUGACCAAGAGUCGGUACUUUGGGAGAAUAAGUUUCCAUGUGCGACUUUCGAUAAACCUCGGCAUUCCUCCAUAUCUAUAUCCUCUAUACCCUCGUGUGCAACAUUGUUGAUAACCUUCAAAUUUCUGACAAACUAUUUUUCGAAAGGGGUCGCUUUCAAAAGAGAGCCUGUUGACAUUACGGAAUCGAAACCGGUAUCAGACAAAAGUUUAUUUCUGGCUGUCUUGUUUCUGUGGACUCUUUUUGCUACAAAAGCGCUGUUUCAAUCGCAGUCUUCUCCACAACUAUUUGGAUUUUUUGUUUAUUUUCAAAGGCUGGACGGACAUCCUCCGCGUUACGUAGGAAAAUGGAGAACUUGA